UAUGUCCAGAAUGAUUCCCCCUCCAGUAAAUCCUUGGCGGGCCUGGUUGUCCAGCUGCUGCAGUUCCAGGAGGAUGCGUUUGGACGCAGAGUCAACAAUCCUGCUCUUACCAAGCUACCUGCAAAAUGUUUUCAGGAUUUCAAGGCAGGAGGUGCUCUCUGUCACAUCCUGGGGUCUGUCUACAAGUUCAAGAGUGAGCAGGGCUGGCGUCGAUUUGAUCUGCAGAAUCCUUCCCGGAUGGACAGGAACGUGGAAAUGUUCUUAAAUGUUGAGAAGAACUUGGUUCAGAAUAACUGCCUGACUCGACCCACUGUCUUCCUGUCGCCGGACAUCGAGCAGAAACAGGCCAGUAAGCUCAAAGACAUCAUCAAAAGGCACCAGGGCUCGAUUACUGACGAUAAAUCAAAGGCCACCCACCACAUUUACCCCUCACCAUCCCAACAAGACGAAGAGGAGUGGCUUCGGCCUGUGAUGAGGAAAGACAAGCAGGUGCUGGUGCACUGGGGUCUCUACCCAGACAGCUAUGAUACCUGGGUAUCAGCCAGCGAGGUGGAUGGUGACGUGGAGGAUCCUCCGAGCACUGACAGACCCUGGAAGGUUCACGCCAAGUGGGUUUUAGAGACAGACGCCUUCAACGAGUGGAUGAACGAAGAAGACUACGAGGUAGACGAGAACAAGAAACCAGUCAGCUUCCGCCAGAGGAUCUUCCCCAAAGAGGAGGAGUCUUCCCGUACACCCGAUCGCAAGGAGCGCAAAGCCAACUCUGCCGGCAAGAAGAGGAGGCGCUCGCCCUCACCGCCCAGUACUCCUGCUGAGUCUCGCAAGAAGGGAGGAAAGAAGGGGAAUCCCGGGCCUCACUGGAAGCGACGAGGCCACAGAGGCGAGGAGGAGGACACAGAGGAGGACAUGACCAAGGACUUAGACGACUCGUCGGCUGGUGCCAGCUUGGAGGAGGGCAGCGUGUCCAAAAAUGCAAGUUCAAAGAAAGACAGCGAAAAUACUCCGGUGAAAGGAGGGAAUGUGGCCGACUUGGAUGACAUGGAGGACGACUCUGUGCUGUCUGGUGGAAAGGAUGACGAGGACCAGGGCAAAGCUGAAAUCAACCGGCUGAUCGAUGCUGGCGAGGACAACGUGACUGAACAGACUCAUCACAUCAUCAUCCCCAGCUAUGCUGCCUGGUUCGACUACAACUGCAUCCACGAGAUUGAGAGAAGAGCCUUACCCGAGUUCUUCAAUGGAAAGAACAAGUCCAAAACUCCAGAGAUAUACCUGGCCUACCGUAACUUCAUGAUCGACACGUACCGGCUCAACCCUCAGGAGUAUCUCACCUCCACCUCCUGCCGCAGGAACUUGACCGGAGAUGUGUGCGCCAUCAUGAGGGUCCAUGCGUUCUUGGAGCAGUGGGGUUUGGUCAAUUACCAGGUGGACUCAGAUAGUCGCCCUUUGCCCAUGGGCCCCCCACCCACACCCCACUUCACUGUGCUGGCUGACACACCCUCUGGCCUCAUACCCUUGAACCACAGACCCCCACCGAUUCCUCCUCAACAGCCGAUGCCCAACUUCAUAGACAAAGGCAAAGACAAAGCCAUCGACCUGCAGAACUUUGGCCUUCGCCCCGACCUCUACAAGAAAAGCACCAAGGGUAAAGCAGUCACUUCCACCAGGGACUGGACCGAGCAGGAGACUCUGCUGUUGCUAGAGGCUCUGGAGAUGUUCAAAGACGACUGGAACAAAGUGUCGGAGCACAUAGGUUCCCGCACCCAGGAUGAGUGUAUCCUGCACUUCCUACGGCUGCCCAUCGAGGAUCCUUACCUGGAGAGCACGGAGUCCACUCUGGGCCCUCUAGCCUACCAGCCCAUACCCUUCAGCCAGUCUGGAAACCCUGUCAUGAGCACUGUCGCCUUCCUGGCCUCUGUGGUCGACCCCAGAGUCGCAUCUGCUGCAGCCAGGGCAGCUCUAGAGGAGUUUUCCCGUGUGCGUGAGGAGGUGCCUGCUGAGCUGGUGGAGGCUCAUGUGAAGAAGGUGCAGGAAGCUGCCAGGAGCACAGGAAAGGUGGACCCCGCCUUCGGCCUGGAAAGCAGUGGCAUCGCUGGCACGGCCCCCGAGGAGCCAGAAAAGACUGAAACCACAGAGACAGAAAAAAUGGACACGGACUCAGACUCCCAACAGGCUGAUAAGGCAGAGUCGAAGGAUGAGGCAGAGAAGCCCAGUGAGUCUGCAGAAAAGAGCGACAAGACGGAGCCUACAGACAAAGUGAAGAAGGAGGGAACAGAGCCAUCAGAGCGCGAGGAGGAGACGGAGGAAGGAGGAGACAGCAAGACGUCUCCAGCAGAAAAAGACAAGGAGGAGACCAUGGAGACAUCGUCCUCAGAGCAGGAAAAGGAGAAGGACGAGAAGGCAGUGACAGAGGAGGGAGAGGAAAAGAGGAAGAAGCUGGAGCAUGACAUUGGAGAGGGAAACAUCGCCACCGCGGCCGCAGCUGCUCUGGCAUCUGCUGCCACCAAGGCCAAGCACUUGGCAGCAGUGGAGGAGAGGAAGAUCAAGUCCCUGGUUGCUCUGCUGGUUGAGACACAGAUGAAGAAGCUGGAGAUUAAGCUGAGGCACUUCGAGGAGCUUGAGACCAUCAUGGACCGAGAGAAAGAAGCAUUGGAGCUCCAGCGACAGCAGCUGCUCACCGAGCGUCAGGCGUUCCACAUGGAGCAGCUCAAAUAUGCCGAGAUGAAGGCGAGGCAGCAGAUGGAGCAACAAGCUGCUGCUGCUGCCGCCGCCGCUGCUGCCGCAGCUGCCCAGGCCCAGGGACAGGCCCCCGGAUCUGGACCCCACUCUGGGCCCUCUCAACCAGGCAUGCACCCCGGAGGACCCCCACCACAUCACGGAGGACCCCCACCACACCACGGAGGGCCACCGCCCGGUGCUGCCAUGCACCCUGGCUACCCCCCAAUGGGUCACCACCCCAUGGCCCCUCACCACCCAGGACAGACAGGACCGAUGGGACCAGGCCAGCCGAUACCUGGACGUAUGAUGCCUGGCCCGCCCACCGCAGGCCCCCCUCCUGGCGGCAUGGCUCCCAUGAUGCCCCCACGCCACCCUGGAGCUCCCAACGGCAUGUACCCUGGCCCAGCACCUGCACAGCCUGAAGCGGUUCCUGCAGCUCCUGUGGCUCCUCCAGCGCCCCCGAGUGCCCGGGUGGCUGACAACUAAGAACUAAACACACACACACACACAGACACA